AUGAACAGCCGUGUGGGGGCUGGCAAAGGAAGCUCGUUUGCAUAUUAUGUUGCACAACACGCUGAAGACGAGGAUUACCUGUACCUCAAGCAUAAACCUACACAUCGUCCAAGUCCUCCCAGACAUGCUCAAACUCCUGAGAUCGCCUCAUCGGCACUGCAAGAUUGGGGAGAUGCGAUCUCCACUGUACCGCUGCAGCAGGAGCCCCGAAUGCUGCUCCAGCUGGAAACCGAGGAGGAAAUCACCCCCCGCCACCCAUUCUCGCCUCCUCCCCGAACGUGUCACUGGAACAGAGAUCUCUCUUUAUGCCUCUCCUAUUGGACCUUGCGGCCCCCCCGCGGCUAUUGCACGCCCCGAUCUCCCGCUGUCAGACGUCGCCACCUCCCACCCGUGCCGCCGCCCGUGCUGGCCCCUGGCCUCACCCCGCGCCAGGAGGGAAGGCAGGUGAGGGCGGCCGCCCGCCCGCGCGCCCGCGCGGCGUUGCGCAUGCGCAGAGCGCUCCCAGGCAUGCUCACUGCCGGGGGCGGGGGGAGCGGGACGCGGUGUGGCGGCGCUGCCCGGCUGCCCCCGGCUGCCCUCGGCUCCCCUCGGCUCCCCGCGCCUCCCCGCGCUCGACUGCCCUCGGCUCGCACCAUGCGGCGGCGGGCGGCCGCCUGCCUCCGGGCGCUCUGCCUCCUGCUCCACCUCCGCGCCGCAGGUGAGCGGGGGCGGCCGCGGCCGGACGGCGGGGCGGGCGGGACGGCGGUAGAGACCGGCGGCAGGUGCCCGGCGCCGCACCUGUUGUGGCGGGAGGCGGUGGCUGCCCGGGUCCGGCUGCGGGCGCCCGGGUCCGGAGCCCGCCAGCCCCGGAGGCGGCGGGAGCGUCCGUCAGCACCGCGGACAGCGGCGGCCCCGGGCGGGCGAGCCCCGCGCUGCGCACCCCGCGGAGCGGCCGCGCUUCCGCCCCGGAUCGCGAGGACCUGGCCGGGGGCUACGAUACUGGUGAGGAGGCGUCGCUACUUGUAUGUGCUCGUGGCAGCAGUGGUUUUAGAAAGGGAAAUUUCAGCUGCGACAGCAGCAGGCAUUUCGGCUGUUAGCGGUGCUAAUAAAUCCUCUCUCUGCUUUGCUGGCAAAACGUGUGCCUCAUUCAGAAAUGCAGUGAGCGAUGAGCGCCCUAGCUGCUUUUCCGGAGACAGUGAUCACUUUUUGGCAAUUCAUCAGCGAAAGAGUGGAAAACCUGUGUUUAUUUAUCACCAUGUGGAGAGUGUGGAGAAAAGUUUGGAUACAGACAGCUAUAAGGAUUCCAAACAAAAUUUCCGUUCUUCUUCCCACACCAAAAUAAGCAAGUUGCACCCUGCAAUAAUUGUUAAAUCAGCCUUCCCCAGGUCUGUUUAUGAUCCAUCCCUCAACCUCUUAGCAAUGACUGGUCAAGAUUUGGAAGUGGAGAAUCUCCCCAUUCCUACAACGAAUGUGAUUAUUGUGACACUGCAAAUGGAUGUAAACAAGCUGAAUAUCACAUUGCUUCGGAUAUUUCGCCAAGGAGUGGCAGCAGCACUGGGACUGUUACCUCAGCAAGUUCAUAUCAACAGACUCAUUGGGAAGAAGAACUGUGUGGAACUGUUUGUGUCCCCACUGAACACAAAGCCAGGAAUUUCUGAGGCGCUCCCAUCUGAAGAAGUGCUGCGUUCCCUUAAUAUCAACAUUUUGCAUCAGAGUUUAUCCCAGUUUGGAAUAACAGAAGUCUCCCCUGAGAAAAAUGUUUUGCAAGGUCAGCACGAAGCAGACAAAAUCUGGAGCAAAGAAGGAUUUUAUGCAGUUGUCAUAUUUCUCAGCAUCUUUGUCAUUCUAGUGACUUGUUUAAUGGUUCUGUACAGAUUAAAGGAGAAGAUCCAGUUGUCACUAAGGCAGGAGAAGGAAAAGAAGCAGGAGAUCCACCUCUCACCCCUUCCCCUGCAGACAUCUCAGACUGAGUAUAAGACCACCAACAGCAUGGUCCAGCCUCAACAGGCUCCAAAGGUUAUCAAUGUUGUAGUGGACCCUCAAGGCCAGUGUGUUCCUGAGCUCAAACCUCCCGUGUGUGCCAGCCCAUCUCCUUUCAGAAUGAAACCUGUGGGACUCCAGGAAAGACGAGGAUCCAACGUCUCACUGACUUUGGAUAUGAGCAGCUUGGGAAGUGUUGAACCUUUCGUCACUGUGCCAACCCCACGAGAAAAAGUGGCCAUGGAAUACCUGCAGUCAGCUGGCCGCGUCCUGACACGGCAGCAGCUCCGAGACGCAGUGGCAUGUUCUCAUUUACUUCAGACAGAAUUCAUGGAAAUACCAAUGAAUUUUGUGGAUCCCAAAGAAAUUGACAUUCCGAGUCAUGGAACCAAAAACCGCUAUAAAACAAUUUUGCCAAAUCCUCUAAGCAGAGUGUAUUUGAAACCAAAAAAUCCAUCUGACUCCUUGAGUACCUACAUAAAUGCUAACUACAUUAGGGGCUAUGGAGGUAAAGAGAAGGCUUUCAUUGCAACUCAGGGACCCAUGAUUAAUACCGUGAAUGAUUUCUGGCAGAUGGUUUGGCAAGAAGACAGCCCUGUCAUUGUUAUGAUCACAAAGCUGAAAGAAAAAAAUGAGAAAUGUGUGCUUUAUUGGCCAGAGAAAAGAGGAAUCUAUGGGAAGGUUGAAGUCCUUGUUAACAGUGUGCAAGAAUGCAAAAACUACACUGUCCGUCAGCUUACAAUAAAGCAAGGGAGUCAGUCCCGCAGUGUGAAGCACUACUGGUACACGUCCUGGCCGGACCACAAAACCCCCGACAGCGCCCAGCCCCUGCUGCAGCUCAUGCUGGACGUGGAAGAGGACAGGCUGGAAUCACUGGGCAGAGGGCCUGUCGUUGUGCACUGCAGUGCUGGUAUAGGAAGGACUGGAUGUUUUAUUGCCACAGCCAUUGGUUGCCAGCAGUUAAAGGAAGAGGGAGUUGUAGAUGCAUUGAGCAUUGUCUGCCAGCUACGAGUGGACCGGGGUGGAAUGGUUCAGACCAGCGAGCAGUAUGAAUUUGUACACCAUGCACUGAGUCUGUAUGAAAGCAGACUUUCUGCAGAAGCUGUCCAGUGAAGCCGAGGAGGGUAAAACCAAAUGUCAGUCUCUUGAGGUAAUUCGUUUCAUUACCUACCAGCAGCUUCUUCAAGGAGUUUACUGCAGUGGGAAAGGCAGCUUUGAGGCCAACUUCUGAAAGGAUUAUGGACGGUUUGGCAAAAGCACAGAGAUUGCUGGACCCUCACUAUGUAUGAAUGUAUUGCGAGCUUCCCAAAAAUGAUUUAUAAAGAAGGUACUGUACUGAAA